AUGCUGCAGAAAAUUAGAAAGAAUUCAGACACCAUCAGUUACCAAGUGAAGUUAUCUUAUGGAAAGAGCUGGUAGUCCUAAACUUGUGCAGCUCAAAAUGAUAAACCAGUCAUUUCUGGAGGGAACAUCAGUAUCUAUAGCACUCAACACAGACUGUAAUAAGAGAACCGUUAAUGCCAAGUGCAACCUAAGACAAAGCAAAAUGUGAUUUGAAUAUGAUGAAUUACUAUGUAUCAAGGUGGGAACUGCUAGGCUGUGGAAUAUCUUUCCAACAGCCAGAUCUGUAGGCUCCAAGACAGAAACCAUUUGACAUGCGACCUGACCACAGCCCAGAGCACUUCCUGCACAGCUGGGUGUUAGCACGACCCAGCCCCAGGUGUCACGAAGACGGAGGGGGAAAUUUCAGUACGGGUGCAGCUUGGGCCAGAGACACAAAAGCCACAUCCCUUUCAUGACAGUGCCAGGGAAUAACCUGGAAUAAACUACUUUCCGCAGCUCUGUGGAAGGGUGUACCCAUACCCUGUAAACAGGGCACUUGCAGUCUCAUCACUGUCUAAAAGAACUUGCUCUGAAAGUUGCCCUCUGGAAAGUGUAAUUAGUUCCUGUUGCUGCUUUCCCAAAAAGGAUGAGAAAUUAAAUAGUUAGAUGUCAAUAUGAUUAUUAAGUAUUACUGCAUUGAGCUAUUUAGGUUUGAUACAUCAUAACUUGCUAAAUAGCGAUGACAGUUAACACAAAUGUAUUUUCUAUAGCCUUUUUUGGCCCUAGAGUUUUCAAAGCAAAUCUUCAAGUAGAUUACUUUCAUAAGUCCUACCCAAAAGACUCACAAUCAUUUCUUUACAUCUCCUUUCCUCAUUGGCUUUCAUUUGAUGAACAUUAAUAUAACAUAUGCCAUGUCCUUGACUUUUGCAGUUAUUUCUUACUACACUUGCAAAGAAAAGCAAAAUCAAAUGCCAUUGUCUCUGUAGAACUGUGAUCCCCAGUGUUUCUAAAUGACUACAGGUAUUUUGUUCCAACAUCCUAUGGAUUAUGUUUCUUCCAUAUCCUUGUUUCUCCUCUUUUUGAUGGAUAAUUAACAUGCUGUAUUUAAAAACUUAUUUUUCUGUAAGCUUCACAUUGCUGUCUUCUAGUGGUUUCUCUCCUUCCCUUUUCCUUUUUGAAUGUACUUCCACCUUUGGCUCAUUUCCUCUCCCGCUCCAACUUCAACUUCUUACUAUCUGCUUGCAUUAAUUCUGUUCCCAUCUUUACUUGCACAUUUCCAACACCUAACCUGUGUCCAUUCAUUUAAUCCUAUAUCUAGCCACUCCUGACACCUCCUAAAUAUCCCUUAUUUAAAGUCAGUGCACCUAAACCGAAAUUCCUGUUGCCACCUCUGAAACUACUAAUUAUAGCAGUGGUCUGGAGGGUUCCCUAUAUCACUAAUAGCGUGCUGUGUGUCAAAAAAGCAAGUUCCUUAUUUUUGCGUCAAUGUAACAGCAUGCAAACUGAACAUAGCUACAGCACUGAGUUCCCCAUUCUGAGCAGCCUUUAGAGAGCCUCCUGACAAGUGGAGAAUGAACCUUUACAUUCUGUAGCCAUAUUUUUAUCUAAUUAUUUUAUUCUCUAUAUGUGAUUAGUGAUUCUUCACCCCUUUUGCUUUGUAAUCCCCAAAUGACCAAAAAACUCCCAUUAUUUGUCAUAUGAGGAAACAGUCACAAUUGUUAGAAAGUAGCUUUUUAUCAAUCUUCUGUGAAUCCUAUAAAUACAUAUUGCAUCCAUUUGUUAUGUAAUAAAGUUUAAAAGAUAAUUUUAGAUUGUACUGAUCAAAUUCUUCAAAAUAAAAAAUAGCAUUGCAGUUGUAAAGCUUUCUGUUUUAGUAGCAUACUAUUUUAUGAUUUUGUAAUUAUAUAUUCUAAUGAGAACUUUGCAAUUCCUUGCAGUACACAAAAGUAUCUUUUCAUUCACUGUUUUCAACACACAGUUAUCAAAAUGUUCUCAAAAUGUAAUUAGUUUCUAUGUUUUCUUAUGAUUAAAGCCAAUGCAGAGGAUGCUUCACACAAAUCUGUUAUCUGAAAAUGAACAUGCUUAGUGCUCUGUAUCCUAUAUCUGGAUAUUCAUUUGGGGCACACAGCCAAAUCUGGCAGUUGUCUAGAAUUUUAUUUUCAUUGAGCAAUCAGUUGAAUGUUCAUUCAGCAUUUUUUCAUAUUUUGACAGCAAAGAAGCACAAUCAACAGCUGCUUCUCUGACAGGAAUCGUUCCUCCGCUCAUACUCAAUUUUAAAUCCUAGGCACCGUAACAUAUGAAACCAUCCCCGUGGCAUAAUGUUGACUCAGAAUCUGGCAAUCUUUAUCAUCCUACUCUAUGUCCAAUUUUUUCUUCUUUGGUAAUUUUUCUGAGAUCCAACCUUUCUCUUUGUCCACCUAUAUAGAUUUCUCAGAAAAACUUUUCUCUUGCUUUUUUCACUCCAGAUUCUUUUUCCAUGGCCUCCUGAUACGCCAACCACUUGUGCACACUGUUACCAAGCCUCCUUGCCAAAAUAUCCAUUGUGUUGUCUCCUCCCAGGAAUCAAGAUUAAGCUUCACCAAUUUUCCAAGGCUUAUGCAGCUCCACUCUGCCUCAUUGGCCCUUUACUACAUUAUCCUUCUCCCACAGUGUGCUACACACUAGAUCAGGGUGGAGAAAUUCCUAGGUUAUCACUGGUCAGAGCUGCUCUGAAACUGAAGCAGUACAGUUGCUUUUGUGUGGUAUCACAUCUGGGUUCCCAGUCCUGCUUCUUGGUUCAGCUGUUGGUGGCUACACAGCUUUUGUUUCCUAUCCUGCACGAGCUUGGUGCUAGCUGUGGAUACAGACCAACAUUAGUGCUGUAUUGAGCCAUGCAGACAUACCCGUAAAUCAGUGAACUAUUCUUUUAACAAAAUCCUGGGCUAGUCAAAAUGGUCAGCACUAUGAGCUCACGAUUUAAUAUAAUUUCCCAUGGGAAACAGCUUUGGCAGAACUCAGUCUGCAGAAGUGGGCUUCUAGGGUCUCCUGCAUCAUACCUAAGCAAUGAAUUGCUUCUAGGCCUCGCUAUGCUAGUUAUUAGCGAGGUUAGUCCUUAACUUCUUGAUAGGCAUCUCUAAUCUGUAAUGCUUACCAGUGCAUCCAGUCUUCAACAGGGUACUCGUUUUGUUACAGUUUGUAUGUACAGCACGUAAACUUUAAAAAUCUCCUGGCAAUAAGGGCAGCUUUGCACAGACACUGAGUGAGCUGCUGUUUUCGAAGUUUAUCUACAUUCAGCAGGGCUCUCAGACCAUCCUUCUUUACAUGAACAAUCAAGGGGGGCAACAGAAAGCCAGGCGAGGAGGUCAGUGGUCCCUAUCCCAUAAGCAAUAUUCACUGUCACAAGCAAAAGAAGGGCAUGGCCAUCAGGUGGGCUGAUUGAUGAUAGAUCUUCUCAAGUGAAUUUUGGUAAGGGAGAAAAUUAGAUUUCUCUAAUGGGAGCUUGGCUAUUUAUGGGAACAAGCUGCCAGUUUUCUCCUCCUAUCAGGGGAAAAGACUGUUGCCAAGAAUUGCUUCCUCCAUGUAAUGCGAAAGAAGACUGCAAGAUACGUUUUCCUAAUAGCAGAACUCCAGGCAAGGUUUGGGAGAGAUAAAGUAACAAAAAUAAUGAGCCAGAGAAGUAUUUAUCUGUGCAAAUAUAUAAAACCCAUCCAAACUGUCAGCCUGGCCUUUGAACUAUUCAGGAACCAGAACACAUUCAACAAAAUCUGGCUCUUGAGAGCCACAGGCACUAUCUGGUGCUGAGCACCUUUUAGUACAAAACUGCUGUAUUUCUGAGACAAGUUUGACGCGUGUUGUUUAGGCCUGGUGGGUCCUUUUCUUAGCCACUGCUGACAUCCUGCUCCAGUAUUUUUUUGGUACGUCAGAACUGACUCUCUGGGACCACAAAGCAGUCACUCAAGCCUAUCCUGAAAUAACCAAGGGUAAAAAAGCAAAACAGCAGCCAUGUGUUCUCAGGUUCAAGGAUCAAUACUGAUGCUUUCAAAAUUGCCUUUUUAAAAAGCCUUGAGACAACUUGCAUGGUCCUGAUAAAUCAAAUGCAAGUUUCAUUUAAAUCAUUAAUCUCUCAUGAAUGGAGAUUGCUUCCACAAAAUUUAAAAAUUCCCAGAUAGCCAUGAGUUCAGCCUGCAGUAAGUUUCUGCUGGCAGUGAUCAGUACAAUCUCGAUCAGGUUUUACAGAAACAGGUGCUGAGAACUCACAUGGAUGUCUCACAAAACCGGUCUUUGUACGCCUUGGUGAUCACCUUCUCAUCCUACUGUCAUUUAUCCUAACUCAGCAUCACUUGGGCUUCCUGCUUUCACACUCUUUAAUCUUCUUGUCUGCAUUUUUGGGUGCUAAAUCAAUCGGUGACAAAAUCACUGAAAGAAUCCUAUCCAAAAACUAACAGAUCGACUUUAACAUUGCUGGCCACCUGACUGGCCUGAAGGACUCCCUAAACUAAAAGCAAAUGUGCUGCUUUGUAACUCCUCUUUCUGCAAAACAGCUACAGGCUUCGUUUUGGCUUUCAGAUGAGAAGCCCACACUGGCAGUCUGAAAAACUGUCUUUAUGCAAGUCUUCUUUAGAUCCAAGAUAUUUUUUUUUUUCAGAUGAAGGCAAGCAGAUAGAAGGGGAAGAAGAAUAAGAUUGUUUUUCAGACUGGCAAUCAUUUUGUUUUCAGCAGUUCCCUGAACUAAGUAAUUUUCAAGCUGCAUAUUGCACUUGUUAAUGAGACUGUAGUACCCAGCAUCUCUCUUCCUCAAGGACUAUCAGUUCUACUAGUGCCUCUUACAGCCGAUUUACUUGUAUUUUUCUAUCACGUCUUGCUAAAACGUCUUGCUCCAGAAAUGAGAAUGCCCCCGCCCCCCCCCCCAAGGGGCCUAGAAGCAGCGCAUUACCUGCCGUCCCGCACCCGGGCUGGUGCCCCACGGCUCGGCCCGCGUUCCUGCCAGCCCCGGGUCACCUUUCCCCUGCGGGCCGCUCCCUCCACCGCCGGCGGAGCUGCGUCCCGGCCGGGGCGGAGGGUGCCGGGGGCAGCGCUGGUUGCCACGGGGCGCGCAGGGCCGCCGGCGGGACGGAGGCCUCCUGCCCCCUCCGCUGUGCGCCAUGAGGGGAGCGCCGGGGGCACGGGGCCGCAGGUGGACACCCAGGGGCAAGCCGGAACGGGUCACGUCCCUUCCGCCCGCGGCCCGGCCUGGCCGCCGCCCCCGGGGGCUCCCGGCCUUCACCCGCGGCCGCCACAGCCCGGCCCCGCAGAGCCGCGGGAGGAGCCCGAGCCGCGGCCCGGCCCGGCGCGGCAGCAGGGGGAGCACGAGCCCGCGCCGGGCGCAGCAGCGGGGCCAGCCGGUCUCCGGCUGCCAGCGGCCGCCGCGGGAGCCGCGCGGGCGACUCCUCAGAGCCAGCGGCGGCGCGGCGAGCCCGGCGCAGGAGCCGAGGAUGCGGCGGCCGUGGGCUGCGCUGCCGCCGGCCUCUGCCUAGCCGCGGGCGCGGCCCCCCCGGCGGCAGCUGCGAGGCUGCGGCAGCUGCCAGGCGCCGGGGAGCAGGAAGCGGCGCUCGGCCGGCGCGGUCGGCUCCCAGCGCCCCCCUCUCUUCCCCCUCCCCGCCCAGUGCAGAGCGGGUGCCGGCGGCACGGGCCGCCGCGGGAGCAGCAGGCGCCGGCGUCGGAUGCCUGCGUUACGCCAUCCCGGUGCUGCUGCGGCCUGGACUCCGCGGGGAGCGCGGGCGAGGAGGCGGCGGGCGAUCGGCGGGCAGCGGCGGCCGCUCCUUUGUGUCCCAGCUUUUACCAGAUCCGUGCAUCUAUGAAAAUUCCUCCAAGAAUUCCACACAAAUUAGAAGCUAGCUUGUUACAUGCAACUGGUGCAGAUCUUGCCUUUCCUGCUUCAAUCCAUGACAAUGUAGUCUGCAGUAAAACAUUUCAGAUUCUUUACAAAAAUGAGGAAGUUUCUGUGAACGAUGUGAUGAUUUUCAAAAUAAAAAUGCUGUUAGAUGAGAGAAAGAUUGAGGAGUCUCUUAAUGAAAUGAAUUUUCUGCUAACGCUAGAUUUACACUUCACGGAUACAGACUACUCACCAGAUGACCUGAGCACACUACAGCCCAUUAGUAGCCGAACCUUGAAGUUGCACUUUAACUUACACCGGGGCCUUCAUCAUUACGUCAAUGUUAUGUUUGAUUACUUCCACCUUUCUGUCAUAUCAGUUAUAGUUCAUGCUUCUUUGGUUGCUCUGCAUCAGCCAUUGAUAAGUUUUCCACGCCCAGUGAAGAAUACAUGGUUGAACAGGAAUGCACCAGCACAAAACAGGGACUCUGUGAUUCCCUCUCUUGAAAGUGUGGUCUUUGGCAAUAACUACACAAAACAGUUAUCAGCAGAUGGUUGCAGUUUUGUUGUUUCAGAGUCUUUCCUUAGCCAUGCCUAUAAUUUCCACUCUACACUUUGUGCCAGUUUGCUGCUUGCUUUCAAAGGGUUACAUAGCUAUUUCAUUGUGAUAACAAAGGAGCUCCCCUCUUCUCACCGAAUUGAACUGGCCAAGGCCAGCAUGCAGGUCCUUUAUGAACGCCUUCUCAGAAGAAAAUAUCCACGAACCCAGAGAGACGCCUACCUAGAAAACAUAGAUGUUGAAGUUCGUCUUACUGAAUUGUGUGAAGAAGUAAAGAAAAUGGAAAAUCCUGAUGAACUGGCAGAACUUAUAAAUAUGAAUCUUGCUCAGCUUUGCUCACUUCUAAUGGCUCUCUGGGGGCAAUUUCUGGAGGUCAUUACCUUACAAGAGGAUGUCAUAGCAUUGCUAGCACAAGAGCAUCACACAUUAAGAGUGCGCAGAUUUGCAGAAGCAUUCUUUUGUCUUGAGCAUCCUAGGCAAGCUGCCCUUGCCUAUCAAGAACUUCAUGCUCAAAGUCAUCUACAGAUGUGUGCAGCUAUCAAAAAUACUUCUUUCUGCAGUUCUCUUCCACCCCUCCCUAUUGAAUGCAGUGAACUAGAUGGAGAUAUGAACUCCUUGCCUAUAAUCUUUGAAGAUCGAUAUUUAGAUUCAAUUACUGAAGAUCUGGAUGUACCCUGGUUGGUAGUUCAAAGUCUUCCAAGGUCAGAGUCCAAUAAACUCGAUAAAUUUGAAGCUGAAGAAGGUUUUGUAGCUGGUUUUACUAGCCCAGAACUGAAAAUAAGACCUGCAGGUGCCUCCAACCUUUGGCAUUCAGAAAGUGAAAAGAUGCUGACAAAAACUUUGAAAGGGAAAAAUGAAGAUGCAAAUAAAUCCAAAGUUAAGGUUACUAAGCUCAUGAAAACAAUGAAACCUGAAAAUACAAAAAAAGUUGUGAAACAGAACUCCAAGGACUCAGUGGUCUUAGUAGGCUACAAAUGUUUGAAAAGUGCAGCACUGGAAGAUACCUCUAGAAGCUCUGAAGGCAGGCCUUCAUACAAUGCUAACGAGGGGCUGGACCCUACAUUAGGUGGAUUUCCUUGUGAUACAAAGACCUGCACCAGGCAAGUAAGUCAAAGAGAACUUCCAUUUUUGCCAUCUGGAACUGAGGAAAAGACUGCCAAGAUUGAAGGUAUCCAACCAGGUCCGGGUAGCCCUGUGCAUUGUGAAAAUUUGGCUAUUUUUGGUAGACUUACUAUCUCCCAGACAGGUUCUGGAACUAUACAAGCAGAUAGUGCUCUACAACCCAGAGGUACACUUGAAGGUUGUCAUGGAAGUCAACCACCUUCCUCAGGAGUCAGGACAAUUGAGGUCAAACCAAGUAGUAGGAAUCCCUAUGAAGGGGAGAAAGUAACUGUUCACAUUGGGUCAUGGGCUGAGUUUCCGCAAGAUGGAGCGCCAAGAGAGGAUUUGCAGACACCCAAUAUUCAGUCUUCAGAAUCUGGAAAUAAAUGGAGUUCAGGAGAACAUGAACCAGUGCUUGAAAAGGAGGAUGUCCACGAAAGAAACUUCCGACAAACCAGUGACAUCUUGACAAAAAUGAGAAGCAAUCAGCCUACUCUUUCUACAAAAGAAAGUCAACUUUCUGCAAGUGGAGACAUGACUAAAUUACCAGAUGUUAGCGUGACAUAUGCCUCUUCUAGGUUUUCAGAUUCGGGUGUAGAAAGUGAACCAAGUUCUUUUGCAACUCACCCCAACCCCGAUCAGGUUUUUGAAAAUGUUCAAGGGCAAAGUGCAUACAAUGGUGAGAGAGUAUUUCCUCAGCUUUUACUAAAACCAGACUGUGCUAUAAAAAACACAAUAGAAAGCCAUUGUACUGAGAGUACCAGUGCUGUAAGUGAAAUACAGUCAUCGCUGACAUCCAUAAAUUCUCUGCCUUCAGAUGAUGAUGAGCUGUCACCUGAUGAGAAUUCAAAGAUAUCUGUUGUACCUGAAUGCCAGCUAAGUGACAGUAAAACAGUGCUGGAUCUUGGAGCAAUUGACUUGCCAAAAUGUGAUGACAGUAAAAAAUCAAACACCAAUUUGCAGCAACCGUGUGUUGUAUUUUCAGGGUACUCAGAUAGCAAAACUCUGUCUAUACAUUCCUCACUCUCAGGAACAAAAGAUCUUUUACACUUAGUUGUUUCAGGUGAGGAUACGUCUACUGAUGUGAAAAAUUACAGCCCACAGGCAGACCUUGGCACAACCUGUGAGGACUCUCAGGACCUUGAAAGGCAUCUUAACAUUGCAGAAGAAACAGUUAAAUUGCAUUUGGAAAUUACUUGUAUGGGUGAGCCAUGUGUUGUUUCAGGUUCUUCAUCUGUAGAUGCAGUGUAUGAAGUUGAAAAAACAAAUGAAGGAAAACAUAACGAGCCUUUAGAACUAAAGGAGACAACUGAAGAACUGUCAGUAGCGAAAAGUGAAACUGGUACAGAUAAUCCUUCUCCAACCAGUAGUACUGACAUGGUAAAGCAAGGGCUUGUUGAAAACUAUUUUGGCUCUCGAAGCAGCACAGAUAUUUCAGAUAUUUGGCCUAUGGACAACAGCAAUCCUGUUAGCCCUCAAAAGGAAACAUAUGAAAAACAAAUUAUUUGCUCUUCCCAACAAGACGAGGAAGAGGAGGAUGAUCAGGAAAUGAUUGAAAACGGGUAUUAUGAAGAAACAGACUAUAGUAUAUUAGAUGGAGCUUCCAGUGCUGACCAGGAUCAUGGCUCAGCAGAAGAAAGAGCCCUGAAAUCUGAAAGGAUUGAUAGUGGGCAUCUGCGAGACGGGAUGACUGUGCCUCCUGUCUGUACGCCUGGUUGUCUGUCGUUUCCUUCUUCUCUGAGAGACUCUCCUUGCAAUGUUAUCUGUUCUUCAAGGAAUAAAUCUGAUGCAAUUACGCAACAGCCAGGCAGCACAUCCUACAGCUCAGCUUCAUCUGUUUCCUGGUAUGAAAGCUCCCCAAAACCUCAAAUGUUAGCUUUCCUACAGGCUAAAGAAGAAUUGAAGCAACUUAAACUUCCUGGAUUUAUGUAUAGUGAUGUUUUCAAACUGGCUUCUUCGAUACCUUAUUUCAGUAUGGAAGAGGAUGACUGUUCAGAAGAAGGAAUACAUCUUAUAGUCUGUGUCCAUGGCCUAGAUGGUAACAGCGCGGAUCUGAGAUUAGUGAAGACUUACAUUGAGCUAGGGCUGCCUGGAGGGAGAAUAGAUUUUCUUAUGUCCGAAAGGAAUCAGAAUGAUACCUUUGCUGAUUUUGAUUCCAUGACAGAUCGCCUUUUAGAUGAAAUUAUACAGUAUAUACAAAUUUAUAAUCUAACCCUUUCAAAAAUCAGCUUUAUUGGACACUCACUGGGUAAUUUAAUAAUCCGUUCAGUGCUCACAAGACCUCGAUUUAAGUAUUACCUCAACAAACUUCAUACCUUCCUGUCUUUGUCUGGACCACAUCUUGGUACCCUCUACAACAGCAGUGCUCUUGUUAAUACAGGACUGUGGUUUAUGCAGAAGUGGAAGAAAUCUGGUUCUUUAUUGCAAUUGACAUGUCGAGACCAUUCAGAUCCACGACAAACAUUCUUAUACAAACUUAGCAAAAAAGCAGGUCUUCAUUACUUCAAAAACAUUGUGUUAGUAGGAUCUCUGCAGGAUCGUUAUGUUCCUUAUCACUCCGCUCGCAUUGAGAUGUGUAAAACAGCUUUAAAGGAUAAACAAUCAGGACCAAUUUAUGCUGAAAUGAUCCAGAACCUGCUUCUGCCAGUUCUUCAAAAUAAGGAUUGUAAUUUGGUUCGUUAUAAUGUAAUUAAUGCAUUACCCAAUACAGCAGAUUCUCUUAUAGGGAGAGCUGCACAUAUUGCAGUUCUUGAUUCAGAAAUAUUUUUAGAAAAAUUCUUUCUUGUUGCUGCCCUAAAAUACUUUCAGUAGAGAAAAACAUUGUAAGAGACUUGGUUAUUACCUCAUUAACAGAAGAAUUAAAUAGUGUGUGGUAUUAAAGUAUAGCUGCAGCUGUAUUUUAAGAGAUAUUUAUACUUUUUAUAUGGAAGAUAAUUUAUAUCAUCCACACUAGGGCUUUUUAACAUCAACUUUACUUUCUAGGUAAUGUGGCUGUGCAAUAUUUUUUUUUUAUUUUGUUCUUUUUACUUUUCUAUUACUUUUUUCUUAAUUUUGGGUACCUAAUUAUUUGGAGAUUAAAGCACAGUGCAUACUUCUGGUUGUUUUAUUAUUGGCUCUUAGACUACAGAAGUGAAUGUUACUUUGCUAUAUUUUACAAGAGGCUUUAGAUGCCAAAAUAAAUAGGAUUUUCAAAUUCUGAUAAGGUCUUACACAUCCAGUUGUUGUAUUUUAGCACUGUAGGAAAUUUAACUGGAAACACAAUGAGCUGCUAAAAUACUGGAUUUUUGAAAAUGAGUGUAUCUGUGGGUCUCGCAAAGACCAUUACCGAAUUAUCUGUUCAGAUAUCACUACAGCUUAACAGUUUUCUACAAAUUCAUUAUCAUCAUUGUUAAAUGUGUUAAUGCCUGUGGGAAUAUAUUUUCUACUGAUCUCAAAAACAUGUUAGUUUACAUAUUCAAUUUUAUUACUGGAACUUUAGUUUUCAGAAGCAAAUGGCAACUAAGGAUUUUUGAAUGUUUAAUAAUAGCUGCCUUCAAAUAAUUGGGGUUUUGCAAACUAUAUUAAAAUUGCUCCUUACUCUCUCAGUUCUUCAGAUGAACAUGGACAGUUUUACAUGAACUUCCUUGUAUGUACGUAAAAUAAGUAGAUGUUAUAAAUUUCUGCAAUACUUUUAUGAAUUUAAGCAAUUUUUAAAUAUUGUUAAAAUGUUUUAUUGACUACAAAGUAUUGUAAAUAUAAAUCAAUACAUCUUCAAAUGGGACAAUAUUGUAAACUUGUUUAGUGAUCCAGAUGUUUUUGAUAUACAGGAAUGUUAAAGGUCUAUUGACUUUCUACUGGUGCUGAAUAGCAUUAAGUUUGGUUUCUCCUUUCUUCCCUUUUCUGUUUCAAACAAUAAUUCACUAAAGGUGAGGGGAAGAGUUACAUGUGCAUUCACUAAUUGUACACUAAUUGUAAUGAACAUUUUUUGAAAAAUAUAAAUUUGUUGUAUAAUGCAUGUUUAUUUUUAGCAUUGUGUUAUUGCAUCUGGUGUUAAUAAAAUGAACAAAUGACUCUAAUGGAAACAAUUAAAGAAACAGAGAUGUUCUGCUAAUUACCAAAAUUCUGGGGAGGCUUUUUUGUAUAUAAUUGAUAAUUUUGUAUUAUUUGAAAUUAAUAUAGCAAUAAUAGUUUAUAAUGAAGUGAUUUUGCAUUUGAUAUGGUUUGUUGUAUAAUACAGUCUGUAAUUGUUUUUUCUCUGUAGCCUACAAGAUGCUCAAAUGAGCAUCUAUAGUUUGGCAAUGUACACACUUAAAAGUAUUUUAUUGGAGUUGUGUUAGGCAAGUCCUUAUGACACAAAAAUAUCCUAAAUACAUUCCCACUGUAACAAUG